AUGCUCCCCGGUCGAGACGCCGGGUCAGACACGAUGCCGCCCGGGAUUGCUCCUAGCAAACCUGGUCGGAUGGAGAAUAAACAAACCGGAAGUAGGACUGGAACCAAAACACGAAGCAACAGUCGUGAAGGGAGCCUGAGCGUUGGUUCCAGUGUUUUUCUCAAUGGACAUAUACACAGGCUCUUCACCUACCCUUUCUACCACAGAAGCCUCAGCCAGCUGCUCCUCAGCAUCUGCACCGUUGUGUUCCUCAGUGGUAGUUUGGAGAAAGGAGUUGGCACUGUUCGCUUCCUGUUUGUGUGCAUCCUGAUGUCCACCAUCACUGGUUUGUUGUACGCCUUCCUGGAUGUCCUGCAGGAUAGCCAAGCGCCCACAGAGGGCUUAGUACCUGUGGCCCUGGCCUGUGUGGCCCUCACCACCACGCACACAAAAAUGACUAAAGGAUUCCUUUGUGGGGUCAGUUUCCCCACCAUGGCUCUUCCGUGGGUGUUUGUCCUAAUCACCAACAUCGUUAUUCCUCAUACUGUUCUCCCAUGCUGCAUCAUUGCCACUCUCAUUGGAUGGGCCCAUGGAAGAGGAUGGUUCUCCCUUUUGGACAUCUCUGAGGCCAGGGCAGGUCUUGUGGAGAAGAAUGCACCUUUCCGCUUGUUGAGGAGCAUCAGCAUGGUAGUGUUUGUCCCAGCGUCCACAGAGGAGAGGAGGCAAACACUGCUCCCUCAAAUAAACCCAACACCGGGCUCCUACCCAGUGCAGGCCUACGCACCAGUAUCAAGCACCAACAUGGCUGCUGGAAGCACAGACAAGAUGUAUGAGGGUUGGAGAAACUCUGCCGGUGCUGUAUCUGGUCCAGCACACCUCCCUCAUCUUCAUGGUUCUGCACCAGGCUUCGGUGGACACAUUUUAGAACAGAAUAUUGGUCAAAGCUGCAAACAAAACCAUCACGCUCAUAGUCAUGGUCAUCUUUACGUUAAGUAGUUUUCUCAUCGCUGUCCUUUUUUGUUUCUCAGUUGAGGCAGAUGGCCACCUAGAUAGAGUCUUGGUUCUGUUGGAGGUUUCUUCUUUGUGUUAGUUUUUCUGUGCACUAUAAGCAUGCAUUAUACAAGUGAUGCUAAUAAUCACCGUCACCCUGUGACUGGAAUAAAAAUGUCACUUCACGUCAAUAUUUGUUUCAGUAAAAUGUAGCUUAAAUAGAGCUGGUCAGUUCCUGAAUCACCUGGGUUAACGAUUCGAAUCUUUCAAAAUCCAUCCACCAGAGACUCGGAUGGUUAUGUUGAAUUGGUUCAUUUGAGGCUUUGACUCUUAAGUAUAAGAUAAAUACAGUAAAGAGGCGCCCGUGUUCAAUAUGUGGCUCAUAUACAGUAUUUUAUACACAUGCUACAUUGAUGAAUAUAUUCAUAUUUUGUUAUGUUACAACUGAUUUGUGCAUUUUACAUUUUGUUAAAUUUGUUAUUGGUGAUUGUGUUUGUUUUUUUUGGUGUGCGGAAUUUUUAAUUAAAUGUAAUGUGGUGUCAGGGCCAGCAAAGCCUUGUCUAGUGGCCUAAACACUUAUCAGAAUUACUGACCUAUAUUUACAACUUCAAUUCUAGUAUUUGUUCCAUGAAACCAUUUAUUCCCAGCAGUCUUCAUUCAGUGGCACGUCUCUUUGCUGCACUGCCUCCAAUACAUGUAUGUUAAGUGACCUUUUAUGUCCAAUCAGUUUUCAGCUUCUGUGUUCGCCUCACAGGGCCAGCUAGCAGGAGUAGAGUAACAUCGGCAUUUUUUUGUUCUCUGAUUAGUUGAUGUCUGACAGCCUAUUCCUAACAAUAAGUCACUAGUGUGCUUUAACACAUGACAUGAACAGCGCAGCGCUUAAUGGAUGCUGUUCUGUCACGGCGACAGACACAGCGUUGCUCAUCUUCUAUGUGUGUUAUAUGAACAAAUAAGUGAGUUUAUACUGUAUGCGUGUUUAAUAUAUACACGUCAUUUUGGGAAAGGGUUUAUUUGCCACUUUCACUGGAAGGCUUCCAGACCAGUGCUUAUGUGUGGUGGCAUUUUAUUUCAUUUGUUUUUCUCACAGUAUUAGAUACAUAUUGAUUCUGAACUGUUCUAGAUGUUGUAGUGUAGAGGUUUGGAGACUAUAUAUUCAAAGAUAAAGGCUUAACUGGGUUUCUCGCUUUAGUAAUAAUGGAAUUCAUUCCCAAAUCUAUAACACUACGCAUUGUUAUAUUUCCUUUUUGUAUGUUAUUUUUUUCUGUAUUAUUGAUGAUUUGUAUAAUUGUGAUAGUGGUGGUAUUAAGAGGUGGAUUGGGACGCUUAAGUCCCAACUGAGGGCCCAGGUACCAAAUGCACAGCCCACCACUUAUGUAAUGUGCAUGCGCAUGUGAUCACUUUAGUGAGUGACUCAGAGUAGCCAGAAGCCAUAAAAUGAACCAAACAUCACUAACACUAAAUUCCAAUGGCUGACAAUCCACAAAAGAGACACUAUGGUGUGCACAUAAGCACUUUGGUUUAAUGGAUACUUUUGCAAAGACAUAUUAAUGGCUGCUCAGAUGACAUUUGAGUCCCUUUGGAUCAGGAAGGCCACUGAGUGUCACAGGAUUAGUGUUCUACAUGGAAAACAGGACUCAUUCCUCCCAGGUGUCUCCAUAGAUGUUUUUCUUCACUGUAACAGGAAACACACAUGAUACAAUGUCUUUUAUGAAAAAUAUUCCAGGUCAUAUUUGAGACAUUUGUUCAGAGACAGCCCACCGCUUUUUGUUGGUCUUUCCUGCUCCUUUUCGGGUGGCGUUUUAAGGAGCGUCUCUGCCUUUUGAGUGAGCGUGACUUCAUAAUUCUCUCGGUUUUUGAUCCGCAAGUCCUCAUAGAGGAUGGCUUUCCUCUUGGGUACAUCCUCUUCCAUGUACGUCUGGACUGCAGGGGACAGUGAGGCAGAGAUGAAGGUUAGUAGUUAGUGGACAACUGAAUGCAUUGGGGAAACUCCGGUUUCUUUAUUUUAUAAAUAUUAUUUCUAAAAUUGCAACUUUAUUCCUUGUUUUGUUUGUCACAUAACAAGUUUUUUCCUGAAAUUUUCCAUGUUUAUAUUUUUAUCUUAAUAUGAUUUUUAUUCUCGGAAAAUUAGCCCCUCCCCCCCCCUUCUUUUGCUGUUUUUUUCUUUUUUAGUUUGGUUUAUUUGUAUUUUUAGAAUGUGCCAAGGGGCAAUAAAAAAUAACAAAAGCACAAAAAUAACUUUUUUCAUCUUGUCAUU